CAUUUUUAUUUUAGUUGGACAUUGCAAAGUACACAGUUGCAUUUACGUUUGGAAAGUUGCCUUUUGAGGAAUGGAGCUUCAGGUGCUGUCAAGUCAUGUUGAAUCAUGAUUGUUGCAAUGCAAGAAGAGGGGGAGCGUGCAAAUGAAUCGCAACCCGAGCAAGGGAGGAGAGCAGAUUAUUCUGCAAUGGAAGUGCUUGGACGAAGAUGUUGGGGGGGGGGGGGUUAAACAUUUGAAAGUUGCGAGGACCCUCAGGCAGUUUUGGAGACAGACAGCGCCGCGUAACGGCGGGUUACAAAAGGUCGGGAAUGUCCCGGAUAUAGAUUGGAUACAUUGUGGCUUUUUCUCUUGUUAAAAUGUCACAAUGUUAAAAGUGAGAGUAGCAAAUGUUUCCAGUCAAACUCUCAUCUUCCUAAACUAGAGACACGCUUUCCAUAAACUUUCAGAAGCUCACUGAAGCUCUGCAAAUCUGAGCCGGGGAAAAGCAACAAAGCAAAUAAACGCUGGGCAGAGACGGCAUCUGUGGUUUAUUCCCCCUUUAAAAGUUUAAGAUGUUAAAUAUUUGAGGGCAAACAAUUAAUUGGAUAAUAAGGAAAAGAGAGACCAAGGUAAUUUUUAAUGUGCCGAACCCUACAUCGCUGCAGUAAAAGUUUGGGGUCUCUGAUUGCAUUGGUGUGGUAGUUGCGAAGUCUAUUUUGAAUGAAAUAUUGUAGUCAGAAAGGUUAAAAUUGACAAGUGUUUAUGCUUAAAAGUUGGAUUUUGUAGCCGGUUGAAUGGAUAUCCAAAUUAUCCACUUGGGGAAUAUUUUUAGCAAGGCCUUUUUUUGGUAGGGUAGGGAUUUUUUUAAACGCAUAUUGUUGAUAUUUUGAUUCUCAUUCAGAAGAUGCGUGUGGUCAUUUGGAUGGGUGUUUGGAAGCGAAAUUGCUUUUAGCGAGAGAUGUGGAAGCUAGGAGUUUGAGGGGGAAUCGAUGUCGGCUUCAGUCAUUUUAAGUACCUCCUGUUGCAUAAUGAUGCUGCUACUCCAAUGAUUCCGUCUUGUUCGUUUGUGCAUUCGUCUGUUUUGCAACUCGAAGUCUGGUGAAUUGUUUAAAAUCGAGUGCGAAAGAAAUAAAACAUUAAACUUGGGAAUUCGUUUCUGAUUUUCCAUGUUUCUAGGCUUGUGUAAUUUUGUCAAAAUGCAUCACCAACAGCGAAUGGCUGCCUUAGGGACGGACAAAGAGCUGAGCGAUUUACUGGAUUUCAGUGCGAUGUUUUCACCGCCUGUUAGUAGUGGGAAGAAUGGACCAACGUCCCUGGGAAGUGGCCAUUUCGGGGGUUCAAAUCUGGAAGACAGGUCAAGCUCUGGAUCUUGGGGAGCCAGUGGUCAUCCCAGUCCUUCCAGGAACUACGCGGAUGGAGUACACUAUGAACAAGUGACCAACAGGGAGCUUGGAUCGCAUGACAACCUUUCUACGUCCUCGUUCAUGAACUCUCGACUCGUAGGCAAAGCAGACAGGACGUCAUUCCCAUUCGUGAGGGACUCAAGUAUGCAGGGUUGUCAGCUCCAUUUUAUCGCCAUGCGAAGAGGCAUGCGAUCAAAGUCCAAUCUCCUUGGGCAAGACAUAGGUAUGGGCAGUCCAGGAGCCUCAUCACCUACAGGUGCCAAACCUGGGUCACAGUAUUAUCCAUAUUCCAGCAAUAAUCCUCGUCGGCGACCAAUGCAUGAUUCCUCCAUGGAGAUGCCUCCGAAAAAGGUUAGGAAGGUGCCUCCAGGUUUACCAUCUUCGGUGUAUGCCCCAUCAGCAAGCACCGCCGAUUACAACAGGGAUUCACCGGGUUAUUCUUCCUCCAAGCCUCCUACCAGUUCGUUUUCUAGUUCAUUCUUUAUGCAAGAUGGGCAUCACAACUCUGAUCCGUGGAGUUCCUCUGGUGGAAUGAAUCAGCCCGGUUACGGAGGCAUGCUGGUAAACUCCUCCCACGUUCCGCAGUCCAGCAGUUACUGCAGUCUGCAUCCGCAGGAUCGUUUGAACUACCCAUCACACUCCUCAACGGACAUCAAUGCCAGUCUCCCACCGAUGUCCAGUUUCCACCGCAGUGGCACAAAUCACUAUGGUGCCUCAUCCUGCACACCUCCGGCCAAUGGAACAGACAAUAUCAUGGUGAGCAGAGCAGGAGCAUCAUCUGGCAGCUCGCAGACUGGUGAUGCACUGGGCAAGGCACUUGCAUCAAUCUACUCACCAGACCACACUAACACCAGUUUCCCUUCCAAUCCAUCAACGCCUGUUGGAUCUCCGCCAACUCUCACAGCAGGUACCUCUGUGUGGUCUAGAAAUGGAGGCCAGGGUCCAUCCUCUCCUAAUUACGAAGGCCCACUUCACUCUUUGCAAACCCGGAUUGAAGACCGCCUGGAGAGAUUAGACGAUGCCAUACACGUCCUGCGGAACCACGCCGUGGGACCGUCGACAGCCAUGCCCAGUAGCCAUAGCGAUUUGCAGAAUUUAAUAGGAGCGUCACACAAUGGACCAAUGGGUGGCUUGGGAUCAGGAUAUGGGACAGGUCUGCUGUCAACCAACAGACAUUCUUUAAUGGUGGGAGCUCAUCGUGAAGAAGGUGUUGGGCUUCGAGGCAGCCAUGCAAUCGUUUCAAACCAAGUGCCAGUCCCACAGCUUCCAGUGCAGUCAGCCACUUCCCCUGACCUAAACCAAUCCCAGGACCCAUACCGGGCCCUCUCCAGCAGCCUGCAAGGACAAAGCGUGUCAUCUGUCAGCUCAGAAAUAAAGUCCGAAGAUGAACCCGACGAGAAUCUGCAGGAUUCAAAACCCACAGAUGACAAAAAGGGAGACGAGGACAAGAAGGAUAUCAAGAUAUUAAAUAGGUCACUAUCUAGCAAUAAUAAUGACGAUGAAGACCUUACCCCAGAGCAGAAGGCUGAGCGUGAACGAGAACGGAGAAUGGCAAACAACGCCCGCGAGCGUCUGCGUGUGCGCGACAUCAACGAAGCAUUUAAAGAGCUAGGUCGCAUGGUGCAGCUCCACCUGAAGAGCGACAAGCCACAGACGAAGCUCUUGAUUCUCCACCAAGCAGUCGCUGUCAUCCUGAGCUUGGAACAGCAAGUCCGAGAGAGGAAUCUGAACCCUAAAGCAGCUUGUCUGAAAAGAAGAGAAGAGGAGAAAGUGUCAACAGAUCCACCGCCACUCUCCCUUGCUGGCGUCAAUCCGAGUAUGGGAGACACUUCCAACCAUAUGGGCCCAAUGUGAAAAGAGGCCCAUGGUACCAGAUCAACAAAAAUAAGUGAGAGACCGCUUCCUUGACAACUGUAUUAUCUUACAACAAUGUAAACACUCUGCCCAUCCCCUUCUUUUGUAAAACGGAGACACAUUAAAAGCAGUCACGAAAAUGAAUCACAGACGAGAGAGAGAGAGAGAGAGAGAGAGAGAGAGAGCAAGGAAAAAGAGAAUACUGCAUUCCCAACAAGCAAAGUACGACUUGGGGGACAAACUCUAACAUAUCAUUCAGAAUGUUGAGCAGUAUGUUGCAAGCUGUUAAUGUGCAGCCUGAAGACUGAACGGCAAUCUUCUCCACACUGUGGAAAAUGCAUUUGUGCCUGAACUUCUGUAAAAAAAUAAAAUUAAAAAAAAAAUCAAUUUGUAGGUUGAAAAAAAAAUAUUUAUUUGAAAUCGUAACCUUGCAAUAAUGAAAAGUGUACUUCUGAUAAAAAAAAAAGGAAAAAAUACAAUUUAACAUUUUGUUUUGUUGGUGUUCUAGUCAGCUAGUGUUUGUUCUCUGGAGAGAGUGAAGCUUUGCUGCCCGUCUACAUCCAGUAUUCACAAAAACCAGCAACUGUCCUAAUGGUAACGUAGGUGAUGAUUGCUUAGCCAUUCCUCUGUCUGCAUGGGAGUAACUGAUGGAAUAAUGGGCCUGUUGGUGAUGUAACCUGUAUCUCUAUUGCGAUGCCUUUUCUUUUGUGAUUUUUAAUUCCUGUUAUUCUCCUGCAGUUUCAUAGUAUUCGGUGGAAAAUAGGUCACACUUUCUGCCUUUUCAGAAAGACUUGUUUUUUGUUGGAAACUGAAAACUAGUGACAACACAGAGAUUUUUUGUUGAAUUUAGGUGUGAUAUUACGGCAGUUUAGCAUGGUUACUGUGUGGAACCCAACAAAAAUGAGUAGUUUAGGAUACAAAACCCCUGAUGACAGCACCGCUGUUAAGUAAACUUGGAGCCUGACAGAUUACUGCCUUUGCGUGGUUGGGUGGUGAUCAGAAGUCAGUGGCUCGGUGGACAAUGGCGUUGUUCAGUGGAACUGAGCCCUAGAGACCAGGAUUGAACCCCAGGCUCAAACUGUAAUGCUUGCUUAUUUGUCCGAUAUCAACCAAGCCGGUAAUACGGGAGCGACAACUGGGCACGCUCCUGGACUGGAGGAGGGAAAAGUCGGUCGGGAUUCUCAUUCCCCGUCACAAUGCAGGAAAAUCCAUGUGGAAUGAUGCUGGACUCGACUGUGAACUUACCCCCCACCCCCAGCCCCCCCCCCCCGUGCUGUUCCGUGCCUGGACUCAAUGCUUCCUGAGAGAGCUGGUGCCCAUCGGGACUAUGCUUCAGGACUGAGUUGAUCUUUGGGAGUGGAGGGGCAAGAAUUGGUUACUCAAAGAUGCAAAAAGUGGAGAACAAGAUGUCAUGUCAGUCAGUUAUGGUUAAAUAUAUAGGAACCCCCGACGCUCAUAUAAAUGGUGGUUCCUACUAUAAUAUAUACAAGAUAUUAUAACAGCAGAAGUAUCCAAUUGCAUUCCAUUUUUAACCAUUGUUCCUAAUACUGUAUGUGUGUGCUGUGUAUAUAUAAUAGUUUUAAGAAAUUGCCACUCCGUGUGACUGGUGUGACUUAUACGCCUGGACGUGAAACAAGAAAUCCUGCAAUUCUUCCUUUGACUUAUUGUGAGUGUUUUGGUUACCGAAGCUUAUCUACUUAUUUUCUUUUAGCGUCCGUACUAAAGCUGGAUGGCAUAGUCCCGCGCAGCAGAUUCCCUAUGAUCGACCCGAACAGAGAGCUUAUUCUAUGCAUGUAAUGAGUAGUGAAAACAAGUGCUUUCAGGCAGGUAUACUGCAGACUUAUUUAUGCAAUGUAACGUGAAGUAGGGUCUUACUUCUACGUAUAGAGAAAGUUAGGAUAUUACAGCAAGUUUGCUCAUUUCAAUCAAGAGCUGCACACUUAGAUACCCAAUACAGACCAUCUCAGUGCACAGUCUCUGCACAAGUUGCAUUUUCUCUGUGAGAUUAUUGCAUUAAAACAUUAACGAUAGACCUAGACAGUUUAGUAGUAUUAUUUGAUGCCCUUUGAGGACAGUCUCUUCCCUUAAGCCAGAAUUGUUAACGUCUCCAUUUAAACUGGGCCUUUGUCGAAGGCGUCAUUUACUCCUUCUGGUCUAAGAGCUCAUUGGGAACUGAAAAGUUCAAAGUAAAUUUAUUAUCAAAGUACAGAUAUGUCACCACAUACUACCCUGAGAUUUUUUGUGAGCUGCCUACAAAACAUCACCGCAUAUCGCCACCACAAUCUUGAAAAUUUUAAGAACCAUCGCCAUUGUUUACCUGUUGCCUACUCGAAGAGUAGAUAACUGCACUAAUGAGGGAAGUUAGUCACUGGCCAGUGCUGCUGCGUGGCCUCAGACACCUCAUAAGAUGUAGAGUGACUUGUUAUUCAGGUUUAAAUUGUAGAAAUAUCAGUGUCAAAACCCAAAAUGGUUCCUUGUCUGGGUCUGGACUUGGUUCAAUUCUAUGUGCACUGUAGAGUUCUGAAACUUGUACCUGGAUUUCCUCUCUCUCUCUAGAUUGGAGUACGUUCAUUGGUGGCUUCAGGGAUCUAGGUUACUGAUACCUGUGUUUAGCACCACUAAAUCCACAAGCCUGGCAUUCUAGCAGUUAAUUGGAAGGGGUUAUUCCCACCAAAUAGUGUACUUGUUUGGACACCAGAGAUUUUUUCCAGAAGCAAGUCCCUUUACCCCUUUUAGAGUCAUAGAGCACUACAGCACAGAAACAGGCCCCUUCGGCUGACCUAGUCUGUGUUGAACUGUUAUUUUGCCUAGUCCUUUUGACCUACACCUGGACUAUAUCCCUCCUGUCUAGGUACUUAUCCAAACUUCUCUUAAAUGUUGCGAUUGUGCCGACAUCUGCCACCUCUUCCGGCAGCUCGUUCCACACUUGCACCACCCUCUGAGUGACAUUAUUUAUUCACUUACACCAUGUACGUGUCACUGGCAAGGACAGCGUAGAAUGCCUUUAAGAACGUGGUGGUGAGAUACGUGCGACCUCUCAGUCCUUCUGUUGAAGGUGCUCCCACAGUGUCGUUCGGUCAGGAGUUGCAGGAUUUAGUUCCAGAGUUGUUGAAGGGGGCAGUGAGAUAUUUCCAGGUUAGGACAGUGUGCAGCAUGGACGCAGGAAUGGUUUGCAGUGGGCAGCUUUACCCAGCACAUUCCUUUGAACUUUCCCUCUCUCACUUGAAUACAUGCUCUCUUCACUUCUUACACCAUGGUGACCUGCAGGGAAAAAAAAAUUCUCUUGCUUUUGCCAAUGUUUGUUCUGUACAGUCUCACAGAGUCCAGCCAGAGGAACACCAUAACACCAUAAAGCAGAUUUAGGCCAUUCAGCCCAUCAGCUGCUCUGCCAUUCCAUUAUCGCCGACUUAUUACUCCUCUCAAUCGCAUUCUCCUGCCUUCGCCCUGCAACUUUUGAUGCCCUUACUAAUCAACCUCCGCUUUAAGUAUACCCAAUGACUUGGCCUCCACAGCCAUCUGUGGCAAUGAAUUCCACAGAUUCACUGCCUUCUGGCUCGAGAAAUUCCUCCUCAUCCCUGUUCUAAAGGGACAUCCCUUUCUAAGGCUGUGCCCUCCCGUCCUACUCUCCUCGAGAGUGGAGUGAGUCUGCUGUUGCCACACAUUUCUAACAUGCACCUUUUUCCAUUUGAAGGGGAAUUUUGGGAAUCCAAUCCCAGCGUGUUCCCAUUCCUGCCUGAUUUCCCAGUAACGUGUUAAGCCUCUUGCUUUUUUCCCCUCCUCUGGUAUUUCUAGUGAUGUUUAAAACUUGCAGAAAAUUGGACAUCUUGUACUGUAAUUGGAAUUUUUGUUUUGUAUUUUGAAAUGUGAGUCUUUUUGCGCUCAAGGGGGUUAAAGUCACAGACUGCAGUGAGUCUUAUAGUAUCAAUAGCCAUGAGAAGAAUGACAUUUAUCAGACUAUGGUUAAGGAAGGGUUCAGUGCCACAAAUUCCAGAUGAAUGCAAAGUACUUUUGCCCUGCCAGGUGUGAUGGUUGAGACAGAUUACAGGGAUUUAUACGAGACUCUUAGGUAGGCACAUGGAUGAUAGAAAAUGGAGGGCUAUGUAGGAGGUAUUGGUCUUCGAGUAAAUCAGAAUUAGAUUUGAUAUCACUGACACAUGUUGUGAAAUUUGUUGUUUUGCAGCAGCAGUACAGUGCAAUACAUUAAUAAACUAUAAAUUACAGUAAGAAUAACAUAUAUUAGAACGUUAAAUAGGUAGCACAAAAAAUAGUGUGGUAAUGUUCAAGGGUUGGUUCCUUGGCCAUUCAGAAAUCUGAUGGCAGACAGGAAGAAGCUGUUCCCAAAACAUCGAGUGUUUCAUGCCUCUGUACAUUCUCCCUGAUUAUUGAGGUCGGCACAAUUCGGUGGGCCGCACAGCCUCCACUGUGCUGUAGUAUUCUAAGUUCUAAACAGUCCCCUUAAAUUCUAACCUCUGCCUAGAGAGUGGAAAGGCAUGUCUCAUGGGAGGCUUUAACUUUGGCUCAGGUAUGUUUUGCACAGAUUCCAAUGUAUCAGAAAUCUGGUGCAAGUGUUUCAGGCCAUAUAUAACAUAACAAAAACAGCAAGAUAUCAGAGCACACUUUUGCUACCCACAGCACAAGCUACAUGGAAAUCUGAACGUGCUGAAAUAAUGUGUCUUGAUAUGCUUGAACCUGCCAUCACGUCUGGUCCCAGUAACGAAGCAUGUUCCAUGUACUAAGUGCUGUGGAAAAGGAUAUGGACCACAGCACAGAAGAUUAAAGUGUAACUGUUCCAUCAAUCCAUGCAAUUAUAGCAACAUUGCCCGCUAAAAUAUUUUAAGGCCGUUAAUACUUAAGGUUCUCAUUGGUUCAUUUCUUUUAAAUUCUUUAGUAAAUUAAAGACAACAGCGAUGAUUCUCAAUAGUGGAUAUGCAGUUUGCGACACUGACGAGCGCAGCAAGAUCUAGGAGCCUGAGCAGAAAUAAAAAGAGGCUUUGAAGAACUUUAUUCUAGUGUUUCUUUAAAGAACUUAGCAAUAACGAAUGAGGAAGUGUGCAUUAUUUGUGAAGAACGCUGGCCAGCAUUAGUUUAUGCAUGAGGUGAAACUUGGGAAACAAAUCAUAGCGACUAUCAAUGUAAAAGGGGUUUCAUAUAUUGUAUAUAGUUUUAAGAAAAUCCCACAAAUAAUCAUAUAGAUUUUGUUAUAUUAAACCUGAUGGAAGUAAGCAGUAAAGUAGGAGUUGGGGAAAAUAAAACAUCACUAUUGGUCAUUUUUUUUUUUGUUUACAUUCUUGUGGAGAAAGUUCAUAUGCUAGUUGGAAGGUUUGGU